GGGCGACCCAUGGGUCGGCGGCUGUCUGGACGGGAGAGCUCGGAUGGUCUGGAUGAGUAUACCAUGGCUAGGUCCAUGCGUCUGGGCCACUCCACCCUCAUGCCGCACGCCCUGGACGCGGACACGGACGACGGCGCCACGGAGAGCGAGGGCGGGCUGGCGGGGUACAGCCCCGGGGGCAUGAGCUUCGGGUCGGGGCACACGGGGGGGCUGCUGUCGCAACCCAACAUACCCGAGGGCGACGAGGAUAGCGACAUGGUGGGCCCCAUGUCGGGCGUGGACGUCAACGGCAGCGGCACGCCGGGCGGCCGCGGACCCAUGGGUCACCACCGCGGCCACCACGGCCGCCAAGAGUCCUCCCGCGUGUCCAUCGCCAUAGGGCCCCACGGCAUGUACUCGGGCGGGGUGGGGAGGGGCGGCGCCGCGAGUGGAAGGGGAGCAGGGGGCGGCGGCUCCGGCCGGCGUUAGGUGGUCUGUUUGGGGCUGUUGGGGCGAUCGAAUGGAGGCAUGUUAUGUUUGUUAGGUCUGUUGAGGUGACCGGAUGGAGGUGGGAGAAUCGGGUUUCACCAGGGUGUGUGUUAACCGAUUGCCGAGUAGGCUGUUGCCUCGUUUGUAUGCAUUCAUGCAUGGGGAUACUUUCCUGGCGUGUACUAGCGCAGGCGGGUUAGCGCAGCAGCGUUUGGGAAGGGCAGGACGGGCAUUGGGUUGCAAGGCAUGCAGGGUACGGAAGCGGUUGGUAUGAC